UUGUGAAGUAUGGUGACGUUUACGGUGACCAGUCUCGUGUUUAGCACGUUCUUCACGCUGUGCACGAGUAUUACAAUAGGACUUCCGGAAGAUCACGUGGAUGUAGGCUCAUGUUUUGACAGGGCUUGCAUUUCUGAGCUAGAUUGGCAUGAAAUUGGAGAGAAAUGGCACAACUUCCGGCUGACGGUGAAAGCCAUGAAUGACAGCAGAUCGGACGAUAUGAGAAAGUCGAUAUGGCGAGUUUUUCAAAACGACAAUACAUGGAAUGGGAACGAAAAACAAAUCGCUAGGAAUAUGAAGGAUAUACGUAACAUGAGAAGUAUUAUGGACAAAAGAACGGAGGAAAUUCGAGCUGUGCAACUGAAAGAUGCAACAACAAGGUAUGACCAUCAGGCGAUUAUAGCGAUGGAGGGAGACACUACUGUAGCAAAGGCAGCACAUUUUCUAUACAACAAACACCCGUCAGUCUCCACGUUGUAUGAGUACAGUCCUAAAACUGACACACUAAAAGUCAUUGCCGGAAAGGAACAUUUUCUAGGGGAGCACAGUCGAGUUCAGAUUGUCGGUCAUGGACGUGACUCCACAGGUGUAAUGAGGCUCUCAGAAAAGUCACCUCAGGAACUUGCCGAAGUCGUACGGAAACUACCGAUUGAAAUGUCCGAGAUCGGUCGUGUAAGUCUAGUUGGAUGCAACGUUGGUUCAGGUGGACAAUCUGAAUAUCUAAACGAUGGAUUUACUGAACAAUUUUUAAAAUCUCUCAAAUCUGAUCAAAAUAUACAUACAGAAGUCAGUUCUCGAAAUGGACUAGUAAGUAUCACAGUUUCUGGCAAAAAAGAGACAGGGGAAAUUAGCGCCGAUGGCAUACAGUGGUUCAGUAAAGAUCCUCUUAGUAAAACUGUAAUGAAACUUGGAGAAUUUGAUGAAGUUAUUCGCGCUGAACUACCUGAUACCGACCGUCUAGCUUCCUACAACCAAGAGUCUAGUGGAGCUUUAGUAAAACUAACAGACAUAGAUCAGGGGAGGAGUAUUGAGGAUAAUGUUAAAUCAAUCUUUAUUGAAAAACUUAAUUCAGGGACUGGAAAUGUGGAAGUGAUGAAGAAGAUGAAUCCCAGAGACGUAGGCGAGUUCAUAAAAACUAUAACCAAAACAAACUUUCUGCACGAUAUUGACUUCGUUAAACAAAAGAUCAUCGACAGAAAUGCUGUAUUAAUAAAGGAAAAACUUCAAAAUACACUGCAAAUGCAAAACGUUCCAGAAAAUGAGGUUUUAAUCCAGGAUCUAAGAAAAAUUGCAAUAAAACAAACGAACAGUGAUAAAAUUAGUCAUCAUGAAUUUAUUGGUAAGUCCUAUCUACAAGACACUGCCAACAAUCGGGUUAUUUCUGACAGAUUCGAUUUCUCUAUCCAAAUAGAUGAGGCAGGCAACCUAAGAAUGGACUUAGCUUCUCAAAGUAGACGAAUCGAACCUUUUUAUUUAGAUUCUGGUACGCCUCCAAACUGGAAAUAUGUUGCAAGACUGAAUAAUGCCUAUGAUCGAGUUAUCAAUGUUAAAGAUGUACGUACAAUAAAUGGUAGGGCUGAUCUUAUGUAUGAAAUCAAUAUGUUAGGAGCAUUUGGAGUUGAUUACAGAAAUAGUGAAAGUUUAUACCGAUAUUAUCGUUUUGGUGAUACAGUUUAUCGAAUGGCCAGAAAUAACUUUUACAUAAAAUGGGAAGGUAUGAUUGCAUCCGAUAACGCAAUAAUAAAACGUCAUUUUAAUGAAGAGCGAGUAAAGGAAACUGAAAUAUCAAAUCUUAAAGAUUGGACUUGGCGCGAUAGCCAGAAUCGCAAUGUCCUUCCUAAAGAUUGGGCGUUCGAAAGAUAUCCAGAUAUGAGGAAUAAAAUAAAAAAUGAAUACAUAGAUCGUGUAAUUGAUAAGGAAAUCUUUGAAUGGAAUCAAAAGGGCUACAGAGUAUCGGAGCAGAGGCACCGAACAACAUUCACCAAGGAGGAUGUGUCCUUUACUCUUGUAGACAGAGGCUGGUCUGAGACGUAUCAUAAGCAAUAUGACUCGGGAAAUGUGCUAAAGUUGAUGAACUACUUCAGAAAUGGAGAUCAUACCAGUAUAAAUGGGAAUCAAGUACAUGUUUUGGAAGGUUCAACAGUUCUUGCAGUCGGGCUCUCUGAACCAAUUAGAAACUUUCGUACAUUUUCAAUAAAUGAAAUGUUAAUGCAUCUUAAUACAAUCGAACCAGUCUCUUUAGCACGGCUAAUUGAAGCUCAUCCUAUGACACGUGGGAAAAGCUGGGGAUAUGUAGGAGAAACGGGACUAGCUGUGAAUGAAUUAGGCUAUAGAAGGGGGCAAUUAGAAAUUGUAUUACCAAGGGAACUGAGCAUCACCAGAACAUUUUUGUUGUCUAGAAGAGGUGAGGAUGGUCAAAAUAAUAGAUACCGAUUUUUGACUGAAACCGAAUACAAUCAAGUAAACAGAGAAAUGCCACCAGGAGACUUAGCACGAAUUACCUCUUCUAUUGAAACUACAGAUAUUCACAACACAAUAGCUGAAUUCAAACCUGAAUUGACUAACGCUAUUGUGAGAACCAAACCUUUAGGAAGUUUUGAUAUUCCAACUGUAACUGAUCUUGAAGUAUAUUCUGAUAUUUCAUCGGGUAAGGCGAUGCCAAUAAGGGCUUCAGUAUCCAUGAUUAACGAUUACAUAUUUGUUACCAAUUAUGUAAGCUCGGUAAUAGCACAAAGAGGUCAUGAAACGGGUAGGGUAUACGAAAUCAUUCAAAAUUCAAUUAAGGUUGAGAAAGGAAACAUCAAGUUAAUAGUAAGAGACAAAUCAAACACUCUAGCAGAAGAAGAGGUAAAUAUUAAGAUAGAUGAUGAGUUACUGAAAACUAAGAAACUAAAGGAAGAAGCUUCUCAAAAAAUAAAAGAAAUACAAGAAACAAAAAAUACCCCUUCGAAGUCCCUGACGGCUGUCAACCAGUUCUUGGGUGUUUAUGGUAUAGUGAUGGGAUUCAGGGGUGCUGUUCAAGAUUUUGAAAACGGAAAGAUUUUUGAAGGCAUCGUAAAUGUUGCACAAAGCGUCCACGGAAUCUAUGGAAUGAGUCAGACUGCACAGCGAGCUUUCCAAACUAUAUCAAGUAAACUUUUUUCAACGGGACUACAGGAGGUUGAAACUGGUUUAUCUGUUGCUUCUACUGAAAUAAGUACAGCUCUAACAGAAGGAACUACCGCUGCAGAGGAAUCUCUUGUGGUAGCUGGAAAUGCAGCAGAGGAUAUUCCCGUUCUCGGAACUGUUUUCGGUGUUUACAACACAAUACAAGACUUGCGCCGUGGAACUGCAAUAGGUUAUGUUGACGCUGCCUUAGACGCUGCAAUUACAAUUUCUGCUCUGUUUGGACCUGAGGCUUUGGUUGUUACUGUUGCACUUACAAUUGUUCGACUUGUCAUUGAUGACUUCUACUACGCGAUUAGCAAUGAAUUAAAGAAUUUGCCACCAGAUGCUACAGUUUUGCAGAAAAUUGGGGCCGUAUUUAAAGGUAUUGGUGAAGGUAUAGUGAUGGUUUUAAAGAACAUUGUUGAUUUCUUUUCAUUGGGAUUUCUCAGUUUUGCUGAAACUGCGGACAAAAUCGAUAGGCAGUAUAGAAAAGAUCACGAUUUACUUCACAAGAUGUCUGACUUUCACAACUAUUUCAAGAUUGAGAAAGAAGAGGGUUCACAUGAAAAACUGAUAGACUUUGCCGCGGGAGAAGAGUCUUGGAACGGCGGAAAUAUAGUUUUUCAUAUGUAUGAUGAUAAUACAGCACGACUUCAAAUGCAAACUGUCGAUGAUAAUGGUAGAGAGCAGAUACUCGACAAAUAUAUAACUUUGGAAGAAGGUGCGGAUGACAUUGUUCUAGGAAUAGGGGAGUCACACGAUAUAAGUUUCAAGAAACAAUCGGCAAAAAUAUUCUGGUUUAUUCCGGUACAUUCAAGAAAUCUAAUAAGUAAGGUUAGAGGAGAAAGAGAUACCUUACAUGGUACGUACUAUGGAACUCAAAAAAAAAUAAGUUUUUUCACCAUCCAAAGUUGCCAGAAAGUGCAGAUUGGGGGUUUCCCUUGCAGACACUCUAUGAGAUUUAGGAGGGGAUGGAGAAAAAUAUUUUAUUAG